GUGUGUGUUUGAAGCUGAUUUUUGGACCACGGUCUGAGAUUUACUGGGCAGUUUAAAUUCAAUGAACUGGCAGGGGUUUUGGGAGUUCAAUUGUAGUUUCAAUGAAGAUUUUAAAACCUUAACAUCUGAUGUUGAGAGAAAACAUUAUCUCAAUUUCGCUUAACUAACAUGAGAGCCCCAACUAUACUUUUGUUCUUUUCUGCGUGAAAUAACUACGUGAAACUUACUUUUACUGCAUAGUGUGGGAUCCUAUUGCCAACCCAUGUCCACUGUGGAUGGUAGGGCAGUAUUUUGAAUUGAAACCCCUGUGUCAUCAGUAUUACUGUGACUUACCCAGGGCUUAAAUAGUUUUGUAUUUUCAGCAGAUUCCCUAAAACACAAAACUCAUCCCAUGUGAUUGGUUGUGGCUCAGCAUGCUCUAUUGUGCCCCGGGGCCGUUUGUUCGCCUGGUUUCCGACACACAAACAAAACUUUCCUGUCAGCCUGGGCAAUAUUGGGCUCCGGAGUGCUUUGACAACCCCCCUGUAAUAUUGGAAUCUCUGACUUUUUCUCUAACGGGAUAAUAAAGUGUGCUUGGCAGGAUGUACAGCUUCAUGGGCGGUGGGUUGUUCUGCGCUGGAGUCGGGAACAUACUCCUUAUUAUCUCCACAGCAACCGAUUACUGGAUGCAGUACCGUCAAUCCAACAACUAUAUGCAUCAGGGCCUGUGGCGCUACUGUGUGCCUGGGAAAUGCAUGACACACACAGAUAGCAUUGCGUACUGGGAUGCCACCCGUGCCUUUAUGAUCCUCUCCCUGCUGGCCUGCUUCAUUGGCAUCGUGAUCGGCGUCAUGGCCUUCAUACGCUCCUCCUCCUUCAGUGGGUUUGACAAGACCUUUGCUGCCGGCAUCCUCUUCUUCAUCUCCUGCUUCUUUGUGCUGCUGGCGAUGGCUGUGUACACUGGGGUGACUGUGAAUUACUACGGGAAACGAUACGGGAACUGGCGUUUCUCCUGGUCCUACAUCAUGGGUUGGGUAGCCGUGGUCCUCACCUUCUUCUCAGGCAUCUUCUACAUGUGUGCCUACAGGAUGCAUGAAUGCCCAAGAAACUCCAACUCACGCUGAUCUGACAAAAACACACAGUUCACACCUGGGUUUACACACCUAACUACGUAAUUUCCUGUUUACCUGACCACUAUUGAAUAAGCAUAAUAAAAAGGGUAAAACCAA